AUUAAUAAAUUGAGAGAGACAACUCUCCCUCCACGAGAAGCCUAACCAGUUCUUGAAGAAAAAUCCAUCUCACCAAAUCCUUCAUUGAACUAACAAAUAAGAAAAAGAAAGAAAGAAAAAAAAAAUCCUAAUUCAUUGUAAGCUUCUCUCUCUCUAUCUCUGUGUCUUUAUCUUGCUAGAUGUUUCUCUAUAUUUCCAUCCCUCUCCCUUCUCUUCUCUCACCAUUUGUCUCAUGCAUCCGUCUCGAAGGAAAAAUCCUCUCCUUUCCUCAGUAACAGUAGCCAUGAAGCACAAGAAAAACAGUAAUCUCUCUGUAUUUGUUGUGGUUUUUUCUGUUUUUCUCUUUGGGGUUUUUAUGUACAAUGAGGACGUUAAGUCCAUGGCUGAAUUCCCAUUUUCUUGGCCUAAAUCUCAAGAAAUUCAAGAAGAACCAUCGAUAGAGGCAAAUCCAGUUCCAGAAACUAUGAAGAAAGAUACAGAAGGUAUUGUUUCUAUGAAUUCAAGAACGCUAUCGCUAGAAGAACCUCAUGGUCAUCAGGACUCUGACGAAACAGCUCAAGAAUCUGAUGAUAAUUCCAAUUCAUCCAAUGCAACUAAUAAAGAAGAUGAGCAGAAAAUUGAAUUGCCACUCGUGGAGGAAGAUGAGGAGGAGGUUGAAUUGCCACCCGAAGAGUGUGAUCUUUUCACAGGGCAAUGGGUUUUUGACAAUGCGACACGUCCUUUGUACAAAGAAGAUGAGUGUGAGUUUCUUACAGCUCAAGUGACGUGCCUUAGAAAUGGCAGAAAAGACUCUUUGUACCAAAACUGGAAAUGGCAGCCUAGAGAUUGUUCUUUACCUAAGUUCAACCCAAGGCUAUUGUUAAACAAGCUGAGGAACAAGAGGCUUCUGUUUGUUGGGGACUCAUUGAAUAGGAACCAAUGGGAAUCAAUGAUUUGUUUGGUUCAAUCUGCAGUUCCUUCUGGAAGAAAGACCUGGAGGAAGGAAGGAUCUUUUGCUAUUUUCACAAUGGAGGACUACAAUGCCACAAUAGAGUUCUAUUGGGCUCCAUUUCUAGUGGAGUCAAAUUCUGAUGAUCCAAACAUGCACAGCAUCUUGAAUCGUAUAAUUAUGCCAGAAGCAAUCAAUAAACAUGGUGUUAAUUGGAAGAAUGUGGAUUAUCUAAUUUUCAACACAUACAUAUGGUGGAUGAACACUUUCUCCAUGAAAGUUCUACGUGGAUCGUUCGAUGAAGGAGCCACUGAAUAUGAUGAGAUCGAACGGCCGGUAGCUUAUAGGAGAGUUUUGACUACAUGGUCCAAGUGGGUAGAUGAAAAUGUAGAUCCUAAUCGUACCAUGGUCUUCUUCAGUAGCAUGUCUCCUCUCCAUAUCAAGAGCUUGGAUUGGAACAACCCAGAUGGGAUAAAAUGUGCUAAGGAGACCACUCCAAUACUAGAUACAACUAGGCAUCUGAAUGUGGGCACAGACCGUAGAUUGCUUGUUAUAGGAGCAAAUUUAACACAAUCAAUGAAAAUACCUGUCCAUUUUAUCAACAUCACCACUCUCUCUGAAUAUAGAAAAGAUGCUCAUACCUCUGUUUACACCAUCCGCCAAGGCAAGAUGCUUACACCAGAGCAGCAGGCUGAUCCGACAACCUAUGCCGAUUGUAUUCACUGGUGUCUCCCUGGAUUGCCUGACACAUGGAAUGAGUUUAUUUACACACGUAUCAUUUCUCAUUCAUGACCCAUAAAAACUUGCAUGCCCCAUUUUUUUUUUUUUUGUCUUCAUAAAUUUUAUGUGUUGUUCUUGUAAUUUCCCCACAUUUUCUUUUUUUAGCUUCUUAUAGCUUGAAUUAUAGGUUCCAAUUAUCCACAACAUUUUUUUUGAGAA